GUUAAAUAAACCCAUUUCCAGAUAGUUAUUCCUACAUUUAUUGAGAAUUAAUAUCCUCCAUUUCAUCAGUCACGGAGUCUUUUAUCUCGUGUGUUUGUGGUUGUUUGAAUGAGGACUGGAGACACUCUGCUCUUGAGGAAAACUUGAUCUUGGAUUAAUUGUUUUGCUCAUUUUUAUACGAAAAAAGCCCAAAUUGAGCGAAUCAUCGCGAGUUUGCAGUGAGAAGCGGACAGAGAGAUGGAGAGUCCGUACAGAACGCAUCGCUCCAAACACACUGGAGUUCGCAGUGUAUCGAGUGGCCGAUCCACAAUGAAGAAGAAAAACUCCCACAAAAACAGACAUGCGCGUGCGGUCAGUCCAGUGCGGCCGCUGGGUCAGUCAGUGGUCGGCUGCCGGAUCCAGCACCUCUGGAAGGAGGAUGUUUCAUCUCCAGUGUCGCUGUGGAAAGGGACGGUUCUGUCGCAGGUGGAGGUGGACGACUCCCUGUUUCUCAUCAAAUAUGACGGAGUGGACUGUGUGUACGGCCUCCAGCUCUUCACUGAUGAUCGUGUUCGAGAUCUGGAGCUUCAGCCGGGACAGAUUGCCUCGUUUCGGGUCAGCGACUCCAGGCUGGCAGAUAGACUUCUGGGAAGGCCCGUGGUUCACCUGUUCGAGACGGACGAUGGAUCCAAAGAUGAGUGGAAGGGUCUAGUUCUCUCCAGAGCUCCCAGCAUGCCUGCAUGGUUCUUUAUCACGUAUGAGAAAGACCCGAUGCUGUACAUGUACCAGCUGAUGCAGGACUACAGAGACGGAGAUCUGCGCCUGCUGCCUGACUCAGAUGAGGCAGCUGAGCUCAGAGAAGCAGGUGAAGUGAGUGAGACGCUGGUGGGGAAGCAGGUGGAGUGUCUGAAUAAAGACGGAGCACAGAAGCUCGGCACCAUCAUCCAGCAGGUCCAGGCCAAACCUUCCGUCUACUUCAUCAAGUUCAACGACGACUAUCACAUCUACGUCUACGACAUGGUGGGAUCCUGAGUCUGUCUCUGACUCCAGAUCAGUCUGCUGUGAGAAAUAAACAUCUCCAUCAGCUUCCGUCUUCACACACAGAGAGAGAUAUUUUUGUACUGUGAGUUUUGGUUGGAGAUGCUGCAGACGAUCAGUUCACGUCUCUGUUUUUUGUUUGUUAGCAUUAAAGAGUUCAUCAUCUGUUUCUGAUGCUGUAAAUAGUGCCUUUUUCUCUUCUGAGAUCUCUGAGAGACCCACUGAUCAAUAAAAGCAUUCCUAAACUGUAAGACU